UUAUCCAGCUGCUCUACAUCGGUACCCAUUUUCAUCUGUGUCGAAGUAACGAUGACAGUAGCUGCAGCGAAAGCGUGUGAUUACUUCUGGAUUCCGUUCAAAACGGACUGUGAGGAACUGCUGGGUCGCUUCCAGCUAACCGACUCGGUUCGAUAUGAAACGUUUGCGGCUAUAUGGAGAUCAAUGGACUUCUCCAGCGUGUUUUAUGGAAUUACGACACACCAGGAGAGGAGAGCUUUUACCCGUCUUGUCUUUGCCACAGUGUAUGAUUACUUCUUGCCUCCAUACAACUUUCAGAUCAGGGCAGGGGCUCUGUACACGUUAUAUGGCCUUUACCAUGCACAGCUCUCGUUGCCUAAGGAAAAGAUCUGGAUUGCUCUGAAGGAUUGGGUGCAUAUACAGAAGUUUGUUUCUGAUGCACUUAGCUGUCAGCAUCUGGAUGUUGUAUAUGUCUACAGGAAGCUUGAGUCUGAUAAAGUGUUUUUUUACACUACCAUGCCCAAGCAGCUCACAUUUGACGCAAAGCGUCGUUUUUUGAACAAAGACGUCAAUGAGGAGUUCCAGGAUCGCUCAGCCAGAGUGGCAGAGCUGGUCAACACAGAUACACUAGAAGAAAUUGGAAAUGUUCAGGGUCACUAUGAACGGAUUAAACUGAGUUUGCCUGCGUCGUCAUCAAUAAGUGUGACGCUGGUCAACUUGACUGCAAAACUUCUGGAAUGUGCCCUUGAGUUUCAACAGUGGCAGGGAAAAAAUGCAGCAGCAAAGAAUAAAGACUCUGGUGCGAAAGCCAAGAAAAGCACUCAGCAAACUGAGUCGUCCUUAAGAGCCGAUCUACUUUCUUCCAUUAAAUCAAAGUCAUAUGGCCAUCUAUCAAAGGCAUCCAAAUCCCGGCGACACAGGCAGGUGGAGAUGGACACCUCAGGCUCUGGAACAGACCAUGUGCAGGAUUGUACAACCUCCCGCAGAAGCAGACCACCCUCCCUCAGUGCCAGGACCCGGCAAAACCUGGGCAAAAAAGGAUCCGGAGGGUCAGAUGAAAGGACGCAACACUGGCUUCUGAGUUCAAUGGAAGAAGACAAAACAGCAAUGAAACGCAGUCAGCAGAGGAGCAGAUUCAAAUGGUGAAAAGAAAAUGCAGCAUAACUGAGGAAGUUUUUCUUUUUCCGUAGGUUUUCUUUACUUUUUCACAUUUGAUUUAGCUGAUCUGUGUGAUCCAAGUUUUGCAUUUUCCUAAGUGUAUUUCCUGAGUGUGCAUUUUGUUACUCUGUGCAUGUUACACAGAUAAGCAUAGUCCAUUAUUUACAUUACCAGACUUUCCCACUGAAUUGCUUGUUUGAGGUUUCAAGGUGUUUUUUUUUGUUU